AUGGAUGAAACGUCCGAACCAAAGCGCUUGAAAAAUUUACAAUCUUUUCAAGUUUAUCUUUUGAGAUAUGCGCUGUUCAAUUUUCCAAAUGUGAAAAGAAUAACCUACAGCACAUGUUCUCUAAAUUCCGAAGAGAAUGAGGAAGUAAUAGACGAAGUUCUGGUCAAUGUUGGAAAUGCUUACCGUUUGCUACCAGUUAGGCAAUGGCUGAAAAAUGACUGGACAAACUUUAGCUCGAAAAAAUACAACUGCGGAGAUUUAUGUUUGUAUUCGAAGCCAGAUGAUGAUUUUUGCAAUGGUUUUUUCGUAGCAGUAUUUGAGAGAAAUUUUGAUGUAACUCUGCCAAAGUGCAAACUUAAAGGGGGUAACGAAUAUAGUAUGAAUCUUAUUAAGACUAAUUUGAAUAUGAAAAAAGAUGACAUAGCGAAAACAUUCGCACAUCAACAAGAGAAAUGUGAAAAGAAGAAGGAGAAGAAGAAAAAAGAAGAGAAGAAAGUAAUUUCAAUGAGUGAUGAACAAAUGAAGAUAUCGGCAGAUAUUUUUGAAUUUGAAGUACCUGACAUAAAUAGCAAAAUAAAAGCAAAAAGUAAAAAAGAAAUUGAAAAAAUGGAUGUUUGCAAUGAUUCAUUUAAUUUUAAUCAUAAAACAUUGAAUGAAUCUAAAUAUAUACAAAAGGAGACAUUGGAUGUUUAA